GCGCCACGUUCGCUCCAUAUGAUUGUCCGUCAAUGUCUCAACGCCUCGCAACGGAAGGUCAUGAGAGGCGCAGGUCUUUUCCAUUGUUUCUUGUGGUCGACCCAUACAGAUAAAGCUGACCUUUUCCCCCCUCGCUGAUAUGAUCUCGCUAGUCCUCGUACAGCUUUCGAUUCUUCCCAUUGCUCUCGCUCUCACAUCGCAUCCCUCCACUGCGUCUUUCCAAGGUCGUCUUUCAGCUCACUUUGGCCUGACCUGCCCGCCAUGCUGCGAGUCGUAUUCGGCCUACUUUUGGCGCUUAUGACUUUCGCCGUGCCCCUCGCGCAAAGCAGCCCUAUUCCUUGCACUUUGGCAAGCACGGCGGCUGAACUGCUGCCUGCUGGGGCAAAAUCACGAGCGUCUUGGCAACAAAUGCUGUCUCUGCGAAUCCAGAUGCUCCGCAGCGAACAGAAACGGAUGCUAUGGUCCGCCUCGCAUGGUCAGAGUCGGGUGCUGGACGACCCGGCAUGGGUGGUUGUGAGACUUUCCUUCAUGCCAGCCUUAUCUCGCCGUAGGCCCCAGAUCAUCACAGUGCCGGGUGUUCCAGAUACGAAGCAGCCCGCCACUGUCCCCGAUCCGAAGGCCAAGGAUCAAAGAAGCGGACAGACGGGCCGCACAGCGCCUGCCAAUGACCACGCUGGAGCAAAGAAAGGCUCAUACGCUGCAGAUGCUACACAACUGCAGCAUGUGGGUCCUCCUUCGCUGCAGCAUAUGGGUCAGUACACGCGGACCGGCAAGAAACCAGACCCUGGCAUCGAUUGUGGCAAGCUUGAGGCAAGCUUGAGCAACUUCGCUCUCGGGAAUCUGGCAGCCAACGCCGCUUCAGCUACCCUGAUGCCGUCGCAAGAUCCGCUUUGGCUAGGCGUCUUCUUGAAUGUCACGCCGCUCAAUCACGAAUGUAAUGACGAGCCAGGAAUCGUUGGUCACGUUGCCAGCGUCGGAAUCUGCAGCAUCUUGAUCCACUCUCGCAGUCGCAUCGUCUACGGGCGUAGCGUAGCGAGCAAAUUGUGA